UUUUUUUGCAAUUUCUUGUGUGUUUCCAUUUGGGCAUCUAAAACUCUGUGAAUCGUUAAUGUAUUUUGGUUUCCUUACAUUUUGGUCAUAGCAUUUAGUGGAGUGCUGUGUCGCGUUCCAUUAGCUUGCACGCAGAUACGGAGAGGUUCUUUCCGCGAUUGUGAAAAAACUAAAAUCAACUCGAAUAAUAGUGUUAUGCAGCCGUGCGCCUUUGCGAGGUCAACAUGCGUGUAGCUACUUUUCAGAUAAUCUAGCACUAAAGUCGCCACAGCUGUUACUAAACGUCAGUUAUUGCGUACCCGCCUUUUUUGCGCCAUAAGUAGUAUUUCUGGGUUAGUGGAAGUCACUAAUUGAGACUCUACGACUUUAGGCUAUGUAACUGCCGCAGAUGAGGGUCCCUGAAGAAGUUUGACGCUGUCUUACAUGUGCUCAAAUCUCUCAGAUAUCGCAUUUUGUCGUCAUUAGUGUAACAGCACUUCAGCAUCAAUGCCUUCCUAGUUUCAUUAGAAAUGAAAAAGCUGUAAUUAUUUGACACUGGCGCUCAAGAAAUUAGUAUGAUGAAGCACAUACCACGAGGACUGACUUUGACACCUACCUGCACAGUUUCUGCUACUUUCACAUUACUUGUUUUGCAUUCUUUAUGACACUCAAGUACUACAAAGAUAAUAGUUGAGUUGCAUUGCAGACAAGUGGGGAGGCCUGUCUGAACUUGCGUUCUUGAAUGCCAGUGCUGUAUUUUUCAAGCAUAACCAAGGAAGUACCAGUGCCUAAGUGUCCUGUUAUGUAAACUAAUGCACAAAACGCAACCACUGUGGAAUGUUCAAGUACUGAAGAGCAGGUGGUAAACAAUAAUUUAAAAAAUUGUCAGGAUAAAAACAUGUUGCUGUUCAAGCAAAAGAAAUUGGACUGAAUUUCGUGAUUCAUUUUCAUUUUGUGCACAAAGCUAGACAAAAGGAUGCUACAGUACAGUCGCCCUUUUGUGUAGCAUUGACACGAGAAUGGAUACCCCAACCAAUAUGUCCAAACUUUUUCUUUACUGCAUUUUAUUGUACACAAAUGGUGAAAAAACAUGCCAUUGUUAUAAGAAGCUUCAACAAGCUUAUAAUAUGCAGGUUUUAUGCAAAUGUUUUUACAAUAUUGGCAUGGUUGCAGUGUAGUAAUGUUUAUGCUUGGACAAAUAUUUGGUUUGAUUUGCUGAUCUAUUAAUGUUAUGCUGACCAGAAAACUAAGCGCAAAUAAAUUGCACAAAUACAUAUAGAACAGACGAGGACAAGCGCUACUACCAACAUUUUUGUUACCAAACUAUUUUACUACUAAUGCAUUUGGUAGUAGUGCUUGUCUCAUCUGUUCCAUGUGUCUGUGUAAUUUAGUUUCACCUAGUUUUCCACUCAUCAUUGUCAGACCAACUAGCCCAACAUUUAGUUCUUCUGGAGUAUCAGUGUUACUUUUGCAGAGUAGCAGUGAUCCGGUAUGGCACCAAAAAGGGUGGACUUCUGGGGAAGAAAAGUGGACCAUCAACGCCUAGGCCUGCACUCAUACAUUGGCGCCAAUGAUCGCAUGUCCCAGACUCUUUACCGUGCAUUAGUGCCAUCAGAAGAACCUGAAAUGAUCCAUUCUAGCCAUGGAGGCAUCUUCAACUUGUCAUUUGCCCCUGAAGGUUCAAUAUUGGUUGCAGCCACAGAAGGCAAAAGCAUCCUUAUAUUUGACCCACUCAACCACAAGCUCAUUAGGGAGGUUGAACAUGCACACAGUGAUUGUGUCAACUAUGCUAGGUUUCUUGACUCCCGCACAUUUGCCACCUGUUCUGAUGAUACCACGGUGGCAUUGUGGGAUGUGCGAAAUUUGAAGCGCAAGAUACGCUCCCUUGUUGGCCACUCCAAUUGGGUGAAGAAUAUUGAAUAUGCAUCAGCAGAGGGACUACUUGUGACUUCUGGCUUUGAUGGAAGUAUACACACAUGGGACAUCAAUAAGUUCUCAGAGAAUGGGACGGAGUUUCAGAAAAUCUUCUACACGAAUGGGCUUAUGAGGAUGCGGCUUACCCCAGACAACCAGAAGAUGGUCAUUUGUACAACAGGGGGCUACUUGGUAGUAAUUCAUGACCUCAACUUGCACACGCUGGCGUACGACUUACGUGGGUUCAAGCUUCCAAAGAUGUACCGCUGGCGAGCUUCCGAGAAAGCGGCCUUCCACACGGGGGACUGCAGUGGGCAUCACUUCACUGCACGCCGCAAUAGGGUUGAGCUCAUCUGCGACUUCCCAAGUGACAAUGAUGCAGAGAUCAUCUCCUCCCUCCAGGUUCAUCCCCAUGGGUGGUGCGUGCUAUCUCGCAACACAAGCAGGAAUGAAAAAUCUGAGUGGACCUGUGUGCACGACAUCCAAGAACAGCCGCCACCAGAGAGCGGAAGUAGUGGCAGCCACAGUGCAGCUGGCAGUAGCUCCUGUGAGGAACGGGAUUGGCCUGACACUGACUCCGACAUUGAGGACGAGCUCCUUGUAGGGGGCCUGGCUGGUGGCGACUGGGGACGGCGGCAGCCAGGAAUCGAGCCACUAUGGGACGGCGACUGGGAACGCCUCUGGAUGCCACCAGUCUUCAUUGACGAGGAGGAGUCUGAUGAUGUUCCAGAGUCGCGCGUUUUCCAUGUGUCACUGGGUGCUCCAAAUGGCUCCCCAGUGGUGAGUGAAGGUACCAUGGAGGAGGCCAUGGCACUGCUGUCUGGCCAGCCACCUCUUGUGGGCUUGCAGUCAUUGGGCAGGCCUGGUUUUUCCAAGGAUGUCCGGUGCAAGGCAGCCCAGCCACGGCUGCUUCACUAUGCCCAGGAGCCCAAUCGUGGGAGGGGCUGGAUCAAAGAACUCUGCUUCAGCACCGACGGUCGUCUUGUGUGUUCCCCGCUUGAACGGGGUGUGCGCCUCCUUGCCUUUGACUCUGACUUUCGGGAACUCAGUGACUGUGUACCUGCAUCUCCACCUCGUCCCCUGGUCCACGUGCUGACAAAUGUGAGCCACUCCAACUACGUUGUCAGCACUAAAUUCUCACCAACCCAUUUCCUUCUGGCUUCUGGCUGCCUCAAUGGACAGGUGUGCUUUCACCAGCCAGUGUUGUGAGUGCAAUGGACCUCAGGUGUGGGGGGAUGGAAAGAGAAUGGUUAAAGCACUGCCAAAUGCAGUCCCGCGUGUUGAGAGUCUUAAGACAAGAACAUUGCACAUGGGACACCAAGUCUGGUGCCAUGCAUUGUUAAUUAUCGCUCUGUAUAUAUGUUCACAGAGGCAAAUAAAAUAUGCAUACGUUGUCUGUA